UAUGGAGAAAUCUCAACAAACUGGGGAAGUUGCCUGCGUUUAAGUCAGCUAAGAAUUGCUGGAAAUAACAUCACUGGUAGCUUGCCUCCUGAGAUUGGAAACGCGACUCAACUGCAUGCGAUUGAUCUUUCUUUCAAUGGUUUAGUUGGGGAGGUUCCAAAAGAGUUUGGAAAAUUGACUUCUCUGUUGAAUUUGAAUCUAAGAGGGAACCGACUUUCUGGCAGUAUAAGUCCUGAGAUUGUAUCGCUAUCUGGCCUCCUAACAUUGGAUUUGUCCAGAAAUAAAUUAAGCAUGCCUAUCCCGCAGAGUAUUGAGCUUUCUUCAAACUUGUUCCUGUUGAAUUUGAGCAACAACCAGUUGAGCCAACAUAUUCCGGGGCAAAUAGGGAUGUUAACUCAUUUGUCCGAGCUAGACUUGAGUUAUAACUUGUUAAGCGGUGAGAUCCCAGCUGAAUUCAGCAAACUGCAAAGCCUAGUGAAACUGGACCUUUCGCACAAUAUUCUUUCUGGCCUUAUAUACAAGACUUUCGAGGCUAUGCCAGGUUUGGAGAAGGUUGACAUCUCCCACAACGAGUUUGAGGGUCCAAUCCCCAACACCACGGCAUUCCAAGAUGCAGCAAAGGAAGCGUUACAAGGCAACAGUGGAUUGUGUGGAAAUGUUGAAGGGCUUGAGCCCUGUAAUCCAGCGGUGGUGGAUAGGAAAAAUUCUCCGGUGGAACCCCGAGUGUUUGUUAUUGUUUUUCCUCUGCUAGGAGCAGUUCUACUGUUUAGUUUCUUUGGAAUAUUCUGCAUUUUCCGCAGAAAAAAGUUCCAUCCAACAGUGGAACAAGCACCUAAGACGACUGAAGUGUUUUCUCUAUCAAAGUACGAUGGAAAGAUCUUAUAUGAAGACAUCAUUGAAGCCACGGGGUGUUUUGAUGAGAUCUACUGUAUUGGAAGGGGAGGCUAUGGAAGUGUCUUCAAAGCCAAAUUAAGAUCAGGUGAUACAGUAGCUGUAAAGAAGCUCCAUCAAACGGCUGACAACGGGCAAACGGAUCAAAAGGAAUUUUUGAAUGAGAUUGGGGCAUUAACGGAAAUUCGACACCGCAAUAUUGUGAAACUUAAGGGCUUUUGUUCUCAUCCACAGCACGCAUUCUUGGUGUAUGAGUACUUGGACAGAGGAAGCUUGUCUACAAUCUUGAGCAAUGAAGAAGAAGCUGAAGGGUUGGACUGGAACAAGAGGGUGAAUAUCGUAAAAGGCGUGGCUUAUGCUCUAUCUUAUAUGCACCAUGAUUGUAACCCUCCAAUCGUUCAUCGAGAUAUUUCAAGUAACAACAUUCUGCUUGAUUCGGAGUAUGAGGCCCAUGUUUCUGACUUCGGCACGGCUAAGCUUCUGAAGCUGGAUACAUCAAACUGGAGUGCUGUCGUCGGCACUUAUGGUUAUGUAGCACCAGAGCUUGCUUACACAAUGAAGGUGACGGAGAAAUGUGAUGUGUAUAGCUUUGGAGUAGUGGCCAUCGAGGUGAUCAAAGGAAGACAUCCGGGGGAUAGCAUUUCAUCUCUACUUGCUCCACUUGACAUGGGGAUCUCAGCUGUUUUGAGGAAUCUAUUGGAUUCACGCCUGCCAAUGCCCAUGCCAGGCGUUGAGGAUGAACUUCUGACCAUCUUCAAGCUAGCAGUCGAUUGCUUAUCUGCUAAUCCCCAACUCAGGCCGUCCAUGGAAACGAUUUCUCAGGAACUAUCAGCUUGUUCAACCACUUUCCAUGGCCUUCGAAAUUCAGAGACAGCCACUGAUCUUGUGAGAGACACAACAUCUUCAAGCCGUUCACUGGACCCUUCUGUAGGAUAUGUCGUCUGAUAAAUGGCGUCGCUCUGUCAACCACAUGCAAGGAGGUCUAAGAUCUUUAAUGACAACCAUAGUAGUCUAGACUAAUUAAUUAAGUCUUAAAAUACUUUGACUGUCAGCAAAAGUUUGAGUGUUUAGCCCAUAUAAGACUAGUGUCUUCGGAGUGUAACUUAAGUAUCCAUGUCAAGUC